AUGGCAGACUACGGCAAUCAGCAGAGGGGAGAGUUUGCGCGGGGGCCGAACAAUGGCCAGCCCACGGGAGCAAGGGACGCGGCCUUUGCAAACAUCUUCGGUGCCAGUCCAGCCAUGGCCGGCCGCUCGCAGACGAUGACUUCGCAGUCGCAGAUGCGUAUGCCAGACCGCGCGGCGACCAUGUCCUCCCAGACGGCAGACAUGAUGCAGCGCGCGCCGCCAAUCCGCCCGCCAGUGAAUGGCUACGAUAGGCGGCCCCAUCCGCAAUACGAUCCCCGCAAUGUACCCAAUUCUGGGGAGCAGCGCCCCAUGGACCCGCCAAACAACUAUAACCGUCCAAUGCCUAAUGGCUAUGCCCAAAAUUCUCGCUAUUCAGAAGGACCCCAGCAGCCCCAGCGCCAACCCCAACCGCAAUAUCUGCCGCAGCCCCUUCGCCCCGAGCGCCAGCCUUAUGGGCAACCCCAGCGAUUUGACUCACGAACCUCCCCUCCUGGCCAGCCCCCCUUCAAUAAGCCCAUACCGAACCGUUUUCCUGGCCCGCCCGGGCCAGCCAUGAACGCUGAUCCGUAUCGCUCGCAGUCGCUGGCUCUGAAUCCUCGACCGCAGUUCACGCCUGGUGGUCCAAUGAAUCCCUCGCAAGCAAACACCUUCCGCCAGCAACCGUACAUGAAUCACACGGCGAGGACAACAGCACAGGGCCGUGUGGUGCCAGAACGCCCAGAUGAACGAACCAUGUCCAUGAGCUCCUAUGCCAGGGAUCCCGACCACACACAGACGAUGAUGAGCGGACGGGUUAUUCCGAAUCGCAGGCGAGAAUCGGGCGACACAUCAGUGUCGCCCGGAGAACUGAGGACACCGGUAUCUUCGCAGUCAUCGAUGAACAUGGGUCCCCAAAGGGCGAGAAACACCAGUCAGGGCAGCAUCACUCCGCAGUCACGUACCAUGUCCAUGGCUUCCACCGUCGUCGCUCCUUCAGAACGUACCGACACAAUGUCAUCCUCUAUGACACGUCCAGGCUCGGUCCAGACAAUGGCUAGCACUAACAGAAGUUCUAGCCAGUCUCAAACCGGACAGGGGAUGGUCCCAGCUGCUCAGCGGCGAGCUCCUCUGGUCUAUCCUGCCCUCCUAUCUCGCGUGGCCGAAACCUUCCAGGACAGGGUGGCCUUGGCAGAGAGAGAGAAGGAUGGACUCGAAUACAAGAGCGCAUUCACAGGUGCAGAGGCUGUCGACCUCAUCUCCUUCAUCAUCAAAACUACCGAUCGAAAUCUUGCGUUGCUCCUGGGCAGGUCCUUGGAUGCGCAGAAAUUCUUUCACGAUGUGACCUACGCACACCGAUUGCGGGACUCGACCAACGAGAUAUAUCAAUUCCGUGAGACCGUAGUGGAGGAGAAGUCCGAGAUUAACGGUGUCUUUACCCUUCUAACGGAGUGUUAUUCGCCAACAUGUACGCGAGACCGUCUGUGCUACUCGAUUGCUUGUCCGCGCCGUCUGGAACAACAGGCCCGCCUUAAUUUGCGCCUUCAGCCUGGUCUCAAACGAGAAGAGUCUCGUGCGAGUUUGCACGAGGACAAGGACAAUGAAGAGCAAAAACUCUGGAUUAACACGGUUCCGAAGGAGGUGUCCGAGAGUGUGUCCGAGAAGGAGCAGAAACGCCAGGAGGUUAUUUCUGAGCUCAUGUACACCGAGCGCGAUUUCGUCAAGGACCUUGAAUAUCUUCGGGAUUUCUGGAUGAAACCCCUCCGCAAUCCUCAGACUUCCCCGAUUCCAGAGCACCGCCGCGAGAAGUUUGUCCGCACAGUCUUCUCCAACUGCCAGGAAGUGUACAUGGUCAACUCUCGAAUGGCCGAAGCCUUCACCCGACGGCAGCAGAAGGAACCUGUGGUAAGGAACGUUGGUGACAUCUUCCUCGAGUACGUUCCGCACUUCAGCCCCUUCAUCAAGUACGGCGCAAAUCAGCUCUUCGGUAAGUACGAGUUUGAGCAUGAGAAGCGCACCAACGCCAACUUCUCUAAAUUCGUCGACGAAGUAGAGAGGAUGAAGGAAUCAAGAAAGCUCGAGUUGAACGGAUACCUUACGAAGCCCACAACAAGAUUGGCUAGGUAUCCAUUACUGCUGGAAAACAUUGCCAAAUACACGGCGGACGACAACCCAGAUAAGCAAGAUAUUCCGAAGGUGGUCGCAAUCAUCAAGGAGACCUUGUCCAAGGUCAACAUAGAGUCCGGAAAGGCCGAAAAUCACUUCAACUUGAUGCAACUCAACAAGGAUCUAAAGUUCAGACCUGGAGAAUUUGUGGACCUAAAGUUGACCGAUGAGAACCGACAGUUGGUAUUCAAGGGCAACCUCAAGAAGACACCAACCGAAACGAUCGGCGACAUCACAUGCUAUCUCUUCGACCACGCAGUUCUGCUUGUUCGAGCCAAAACAGUCAAUAAGCGAGAAGAACAGAAGGUCUACAAGAAGCCCAUACCUCUAGAGCUACUUGUCAUCACACAAAUGGACGAUAUUAUACCAAAGCUGGGCAUCGCCAAGCGGCCAUCGGCAAACAUAAUUGGGGCAAGGGCCAUUGCUGCUGCCACGCCGCGAAAUGACGCCACCAAGCAACAAGGCUACCCCAUCACCUUCAAGCACCUCGGCAAGGGCGGCUAUGAGUUGACCUUGUUUGCUAGUACUCCAAUCUCUCAGCAAAAAUGGAUGGAGCACAUUGAGUCACAACAACGGAGCUUAAGAGAGCGAAGCAACAUCUUCACAAAGACUAUACUGAACGAGGGCUUUUUCUCGCCGACCAUCAGGGUUACUUGCGCUGUUCCUUUGGAUGGUGGUCGGAAAUUGGCUCUUGGAACGGAUGCCGGUGUUUACAUUGUUGAGCGAAAGCCCAAAGACUCGUCCUCACGACCCAAGCGUGUACUGGACUGCAAGGGUGUCACGCAGAUCGACGUUCUCGAGCAACAUCAGAUCGUGCUCGUUUUGGCCGACAAGACUCUCUACUCUUACUCACUGGAGGCUCUGGAUGUGGAUGAGGCCCAAGCCAUUGCCAAACGGCCACGGAAAAUUUGUCAUGCCAAUUUCUUCAAAGCUGGCAUCUGCCUUGGAAACCAACUGGUUGCUGCCGUCAAGACCUCUGCGCUAUCGACCACGAUCAAGGUCUAUGAGCCCAAGGAGAGUAUGGCCAACAAGGCGAAGAAGUCUGGAUUCACUAGGAUGCUCUCACAGGGGCAGGAUCAACUCAAGCCGUACAAGGAGUUCUAUAUUCCCACCGAAUCGACGUCAAUACACUUCUUGCGCUCCAAACUCUGUGUUGGUUGUGCACGCGGCUUCGAAGUCGUCAGUCUCGAGACUCUCGAAACUCAGUCCCUGCUCGAUCAAGCAGACACGUCUCUCGAUUUUGUUGUACGGAGGGAGAACAUCAAAGCUAUCCAUAUCGAACGCAUGGCGAGCGAGUUCUUGUUGUGCUAUACCGACUACUCCUUCUUCGUCAAUCGAAACGGUUGGCGAGCGAGACCAGACUGGAAGAUUACCUGGGAGGGUACGCCGCAGGCUUUCGCCAUAUUCAACCCAUAUAUCCUUGCCUUCGAACCCAGCUUUAUUGAGAUCCGGCAUAUGGAGAGUGGCGGCCUGGUGCAUAUCAUUACAGCGAAGAAUAUCAGAUGGCUACACACAUCGACCAGAGAGAUCUUGUAUGCAUAUGAGGAUGAGCUGGGCAACGAUGUCAUAGCCAGUCUCGAUUUCUGGCAGACGGCAAAUGGCGGAAGGCAAUCCCUGGAUCAACAUCGGGCAGGCUAA